AUGGCCGGUGACUGGGGCUGGGAGGCGUGCUUUGUGCUUUUUCAUGGACGCUUGGUUCGCAUGAUUAUGUUUCUUUCCAAUAUCCGCAUCGACACCUGCUCGAGCAACUAUGUGGAGCACAACUACAGGAAGAAGGAUCUCGGCAUUGUCCUGCAACACGUUGACGAGUGCAUCUUCAUGGUCGACGGCCCAACCACUCGCCACCUUUACAACCCCCAACUGGUGUUCAGCCCCUACCGCGAGGCAUAUGAGGUAAAGGCUGAGGCGGUCAAGGAUUUGGAAUUUUGGACGAGGAUGAUCUGGGAUUGGAGGUGCAGGAUGACAGCUUCUCCCUGGCUGAGGAUGAGGACGAUGACAUGUAGUGAGAUUGAAAUUAACUGA